AAUCAAUACGCGCGUUUUAGCAUAAUUUCAUUUGAUUUUGCUCCACAAUAGGCUGCCUGGUAUGUCGUCUCGGCGCGUCUCGGCCCGGCGCCGGCCGGUGCCGCGGCUCUCCGACAGUCCCGUGACGGGUCACGUGCCGCCGGCAACGCUCCAGCGUGACGCGGACGGUCGUUACUGCGUCACGGAGCGGCUGCAGCCGUCACGGACGGCCGGCGGAGGCGGUGCAAUAGGCGGAGCUCUGGGGAAGAGCCCGGGGGAGAGAGGAAGAACCUCAGCACAGUCGGAGCAGAGACCCAACACGGUCACCACGCCUCUGAGCCGGCGCGCUGUGACCAACACACCCUCAGGAUCUGGGGUCAAUAAGGGCGAGAAUACCACCCCACAGCACGCCCCCGUCAGCAGUACGAGCCGGCAGACGGACAGCGCCAGCUCGGGUGUGCGCAGUCUGACGCUAGCCCUGAGCGACCACGGGAGUUCACCCGAGAUCGGUGGACAUCGCUCGACCUCCGACACACCUCCGGGCCGGCCUCCGGGCACCUCCGGGCCCGCUCCGGCCCGGUCCGGACCUCCGGCCGGCGCGCCCGGAACAUUCGACAGCGACGAGGAUGACAUCUUCGAGUCGGACCUGCGCGGCCGGAUCAGUGACGUCAUCACUCUUCUGCGCGGGGACACGGACCUCAGUGCUGAGGACGGUGGCGCGGACGGCGGGGGACGAGUGCCGAAUGGUACCGCCGGCCGCAGCGGCGCCGGAGGGGCCAGCGGGGACGCGGAGGGCUGCACAGAGCCGCUCCGACCCAAACGCGUGCUGGACUUUGAGUUGGUGACGGUCGCGGGGAGCGCCGCCGAGGAGGACAGCGGCGUGGCGCACGCGCCACCGCUUCCCGCCGGCGCGCCGCCGUGCCGCCUGCCGCCGGCGCACGUGACGGCCGACACGUCUGUGGCAGCGCGCGCGCGCCACGUGGUGGGCCGCCGGCCGGGCGAGCGCGUGCUCUCUGAGCUGGCUGAAUUGGCGCGCUCUCCGGGCUCGCCGCUAGUCCGUCAGAAGGCGCGCAGUCGGGUCAGGGCCGGCGCGCGCUCAGUGACUCCCCAGGGCAGGGCGGCGGGAGGACCGGCGAGAGGGGAGGUGACCCCCGUGUCUGCCAGGAGGCGAGGCGAGAUCGCGCAGCCGGGGGAGGGCAGAGCUCCUCUGACCGAGAGGGAACUCAACGGGCAGGCGCCCGGUCCGCCGGAGCCGUGGAAAUCACCGACAGGACCGCGGAAGGCGACUCAGAGUAUCGUGUCUCCGGUCGUCCCGAUCAGACACUACCCAGAGAACGCCAAUGGUGAGGUCAACGGCGGCGACUCAGAGGUGGCCGCGGGCUCUCCACGCGCGCGGUUAAACCCGUGCACAUCGACCGACCGGGAGAACCAGAUUCCGCGGACCCGAACUUCGCCCCGACUGGCGGCGGGCGGCGGGCAGAGCCACCUACCGGCGGCCGCGGCAGGCUGUAGUUCGCCGGUGGCGGGCGGCGGACAGAGCCACCUACCGGCGGCCGCGGCAGGCUGUAGUUCGCCGGCGGCCGCCAGGGAGGACGAGGAUGAGAUAGCCUCUACCCAGCCAGCCUCAAAAUUGGUGCUGGAUGAGGUGGUGGCCUACGUGGACGUCCGCUCCGGUGCCGAUAACAGGUCUGAGCCGAUCCGGACCCAGCUGCGCGCUCUGGGAGCCCUGGUCGUCGAACGGUUCACCAAACAUGUCACCCACGUCAUCUUCAAGGACGGCUCCAAAGCCACGUACGACCGGGCCCGCCGCGACCGUCUGCGCCUAGUCUCAGUGCUCUGGGUGGACGCGUGUCGCCGACAGCGAGAGAGAGUGGAGGAGAACCGCUACCCGCCGGCAGCCGCCGAAAGGUACGAGUCGCCGCUGUUCCCGGCCCGGCUCCGUAAGCUGCGCUCCAUGCAGCCGCGUGACUUUGAUGAGGAGAUGGCCGCUGCAGACCGACGCUUUGAGCGCAGACGGAGGCAGCAGGGCCGCCAGCCGCCCGGCGGCCAGACGAGGCCCGGAAAGCGGCCGGCGAUGACGUCACCGAAGCGCUGGGGUCGCCGCACAGUGGAGGAGCUGCUGACGCCGCGGGGCCGUCAGAGGUCAGCUCAGGUCACCGCUGACACGGGCUCCUCAGAGGACGAGCUGCCCCUCAACGUGCGUCUCUUCAACAGGUUCAUGUCGCCGACGGGCGCGUGGUCCACGGGAGGCGCCGUUCGAAGCACCGGGUCACCCACCGCCAAGCUGGCGGCCCAGAUCUCCGCCUCGCCAGAACUGGAGUCCAGACAGCGCCGCUCCGACAGAUCGAAAUCAUCCCGCGCCAGCCGCAGCAGCUCAUCGGCCGAGAAACGAACCACCAGAGCGUCAACAUCAGUCACCGCGCAGCCCUCCACCUCUGCCAACCUCCCGAACGGAGCUGCGGCUUGGAAACCGCCAGCGCCGCGGUCAAAAUUAAAGCGGAUCCUCCCCCUCGACUCCGAGUCUGACUCGAGUCCUGUCCGGAGUGUGGCGGGCGGGCCGGAGUCGGUGCCGGCCGGCCGCCGCCGCCGCCGGCGACUCAUGACUCCGCCGGAGUCACAGAGUCUGCUGCGCGGCCCGCUGCUGAACCCUGUGACUCCUGCUGGGGAGGCCGGGCCGCCGGCGCGGUCCGGAGGCGCCCACCCGGCGCUGGGGGCUCAGACCGGCCGGCGGCGGCGGCGGACCGGCCGCGCCGGCACCGGCAGCAGCACCGACAGCUCUGGUAGAGCGCCGAGAGCGACCGGCGGCUCGGUGCGGCGGCUGUCCGGCCCGCGGCGCAGCUCGCUCGACUUUGAGUCGGUGUCGGGCGGCCGUCUGCCGCCGCGCGCCCGGCUGGUGCUGACAAACCUGCACUCUGUGGAGCGCGGCACGCUGACGCCCAUCAUCAGUCGGCUGGGCGGCGUCACGCUCGUGGACGAGGUGACGGCCGCCACGACCCACGUGGUCAGCGGCCAGCCACGGCGCACUCUCUCCGUGCUGGGCGCGCUGGCGGUCGGCGCGUGGCUACUCUCCCCCGAGUGGGUGCUCUCCUCUCUCGAGGCCGGCCGCUGGCUGCCCGAGGAGUGCUACGAACAGCGGCUCGACUGGCCCGGUGGCUGGGAGCGCCGCUGUGCGCGCGACCCGCCUUCCAUAGCACCUCCCGCUCCGGUGGACGAUACCGGGCUGACGGAGACGACAUUCAGCGCUCGGGUGGCGGCGGCGCAGGGUGGGGACGCUGUGGUGGUUGUGCUGGCGAGAGCUGAGACGGUGGAGAGGGGGAAUGUCUCGGAGACCCCGCGGGGGGCGAGGGAGCUGCCUUCUGCCGAGCAGUUGGCAGAGAUCCGGCGGGUCGUUGAACUGGUCCGAGAGUCGCGCGACCACCUGUCUCCCGCCAAACUGGCGCAGCUGGCGCGCCAGCUCCGUCAGCUGCGCGCCAGGAUUGACGCCGCGCGCUCGGAGGAGUCCGAACAGGGCGGUGACUCGGAGAGCUCGGACUCGGCGUCCGGGGUUCACCAGGUACGGAGUUUAUCCGGCGGAUUCAACAACGACAUCGCGGCGCACACCCUGGACGCCAAGGGCACCCUGUUCUACGACGACAUCAGGAAGGGCAUCAUAGAGGCACCGCCUGUCAAGGGGAAGGCCAAGGACGGUUUGAAGAGCAAGGGUGGCUCCGACGGUAAAGACGCCGACGUCAACUACGGCGACGAGGAUUACAACUUCGACUUCAGCGACGACCAUCAGGACGGCGGCGGCGUCUCCAUCACCGUGGGGGUCAGCAGCGGGCUGCACGCGUUCGACGGUAAAACUCGGACGAGCUCGGUCCGCCACGAGGACGGGAAGCGCGUCAUCGGCGUGGGCACCAGCUAUCCCGUGCCACACGACAUCCACUCGUACGGAACUCCGAAACCCCGCGGCGGCUCCAGCUCGACGCUCAAGGCACACCCUGAGACCAGUGAUUCGUCUUCACAUGGCGGGGAGGGACACGAGACAGACUUUGGGGACGCCCGUCACAUCACCGCUCCCAGCGGCGGGGGAGUCGUGGGGUUCGGGCCGCCGAAGGGCGCCGUCUCCGGUGACGUGUUCGCAGACAGUACGACCACGCGAUCGUUCCUGGACCACUCUCACCAGACGCGCGGCCAGCUGUUCCACGAGAACUACAUCCGCAGCGGGUUCCAGUCGGCGGUGCUACCGCCGGGCGAUCCUCGCGCACCCACCGUCCACCUGGCGCCCGCCGUCACACCGCACAGCGCCACGAUCGUGGCGCCGCCGCACGUGGAGACGCUCGUGGCGCCGCCCGGUCCGGCCGCCGUGUCGGUCCAUAUCGGUAUCGGCGGCCACGAGCCCGUGGUGGGCUACACACCGCCGGCGCAUGUCAGUCCCGAGGAGCAUCUCAGCGCGGAGAGACCGCGCAGCGGCGGUAAAAUCAUCUUUCCCGUGAGCGGGCCGCACCACGCCGAGGUGUCUUACGUGGCGCCGCCGCCCGACGUGCACGUGACACACGUGGAGGAGCACGUGUACGAGGAGCACCACGAGCCGGCGCACGUGACGACUGAGUACCAUCAGCCACAGCACGUGGAGGAGCACCACGAGACGCACUCCUACUCCACAGAAAGUCAUCCGUACUCCACGGAUAGCCACUCUCAUUCCAAGGACAGCCAUUACUCGAAAGACAGCCACUCUCACCCAAAGGAAGGCUACGGCAGUUCGUACGGGAAGCCCCAUGACGCCUCCCAGUACGGCCCUCCCCACAUUAAGGCCGUGCCGGUGCCGUACGCCCCCCAGCACAUCCCCCACGCGCAGCCCGUCUACAUCACCCACCACAAGAAGCGUCCCGGCCUGCUCGACACCCUCCUGCGGCCGUUCCGGCGACUGAAGAACUACCUGUUCGGUGGUGGGCGCGGUCACGUCAAGCCCAUCCCAUACAGCGCCGUGGAGACGCCCCAACACAACUACUACGAGUACGGGGCUGCGCUCACCACCUACCCGAAAAAGUGCCGCUGUAUCGACAACAAGAACGUUCUGGGUGUGCUGGUGGCGGGCGUGGCGGCGGCCGGACUGAUCGCCUACGUGUACGCGCUGGCGACCAACAACACGAACGGCUUCGGCAGGGCAGUGGAGAGCUCGGAGCGGGCGGUGCUGGCGAGGCUGAUGCUGCAGGAGGCGUGCUCUCUGGGGACGGACGCCGAGGGCAUGUGGAACGGCACCGUCUGGACGAACGAACUGCCUCUGACGACACUCAGUGAUGUGAAGAGGAGUAAGCUGAAGCGGCUGGAGCAGGAGAUGCAGACGCUGGGCCCCAGGGUGGCGAGGCAGCUCGGAGAACCAACUGCGCCAGAACAUCAGAUCGUCAAGAAGGCAGGAGCCGAGGGCUCAACUUCCUCAGGAACGAACCACCAGCGCAGGAGGCGAUCGGCAGCGUUCGCGGGCCAGGACUCCCAGGCUUCAGGCAGCGUCCAUAUGUACUCGUUCGACGGAAUGGACAUUCCGAUGCGUCACUCGCCGCGCGAUCCGGGCCUGCCGGUGGUGCCACCCGAGGCGCGGAGACCAGUGUUCCGCCCGCCGCCGCCGCGACCCUUCACACCCGACCUGCCGCAGGACUACAGCAAUCAGUACGGAGUCUACGCAUCGGGGACUACAGAUGGAUUCUUCAAACAGGACCUUCCUCAGGAUCACAGCCCUUACAGGACGCAGGGGUUGGGUGAAUCAGAUACGUUCUUCAACCAUGACCUUCCAAAAGAUCAUAACCUGUUCGGAACGCACGGAUCGGGUGGAUCAGAUGCGUUCUUCAACCACGGAGUCCUGGACGGACUGGACACGUUCGACGAUCCGCUCGGAUUCAACUACCGACUCAGUCGACGUAUGGAUCUGGUGGACGACCUCACCGCGCCUUCAGAUAUCGACCGGAGCGACUCGGGUCCGGCACUUCCUCUGGUGGGCUCAGAAUCAGACAGCUCCUUAUCUAGCAACAUCACCGAGAGUUCCUCCAGCGUGUCCAGCUCCGCCGUGAAGGCCACCCGCGACCUGCCGGGAGCGGGGGACCUGCUGUCCACGGCGGCGGCGCUGCUCCCCAUGGUGGACCUGGGGCCCUUCCAGCCGCUCACCAAGGUGUUCCAGGCAGACCCGAUGGAGGACCGGUCCUCCGGCAAGGGGGGCAGCAGGGCCAGCUCCUACAGGAAGCGCAUGAAGAACAUGUUCAAGGGACUGCGACACUUUGUUACCAAAGGCGUGCCGUCCAUGAUGCGGCGGACCGCGUACGACCCCCACUGCGGCUGCAUCCCGCUCACCCUGCAGAACGUCGGGCUGGUCGGGGCGCCCAUCUUCGCCAUCAUCGCCUCCGGACUGGUCCUCACGUUCCUGGUAAUGCAGAGUACCAACCAGGGGACGGGACGAAAGCGGUCCGAGGACGACGCCAUAUCCGGUGAGAACAACAGUAACGACUAA